GAGGCUUCAGCCGCACUGCAGGACUUCAGCGUCACUCAAAGCGUUAACCAAUCGCUCAGCAUCUCGUCAUAGGAUUCAGCAUCACCGCUUAUAUAUAGACGUCGCCGCAUCAAAUGAUUCGCCGUGGUAAAUAGCGUAAGCGAAGCAGUGAGCGCUAGGUAAGAUUGGCAGAGAGAAAAGACGCAAGCCGUAGAAGAAAGGGAAACGCAAGUGUCGGAGGAAAGCGCGCCUGUGAUCAGCGCGUGGUUCAUUGAGACAUGUCCGUCGACGCGGGACGCCAUGCCGUGCGCGCUGCGUGGCUUUCGCUGGCGCUGCUGGCAUGCGGGGUCGUGCCGCCGCUGCAGUCGUCGGAGGCGGCCAGCCUGGCGGACCGCAUCUUCGCCGGUUUCCUGAGCUUCGGCCGAGGCUUCUCCAAUGCCACUCAGGGGUUCGUGGUGCGCGUACGGGGCCUCGUGAGCCGGGUUGGCGGCUCGUCCACGCCGGCCGGCGGCAACAAGGGCGCCGCCGUCAGGGACAUCGACAUCUUCGCCAGCGUGUGCAGUCUCAGCGGCACGAAUCGGCGUCUCCUGAUCAAGUGUUUAGAUGAAAACAAUGAAAAUUUGCUGAAACCGGACUGGCAAGAUUGCAUCGGAUCUGCAAAAGUCGAAGUGCUGACAGUGGAGGAUCUCUACCAUUGGGCUUGUUCCAGGCUGUCUACAGCAACAGAGUUGCAGGAAUUCCGCAAUACAUCCCAGUGCCUGUUGGAGGGGAUGGAGAUAUCCGACAUAGCAGCGGGAAUCAGAGAAUGCAAGGGCAGCUCCAGGACGUUCUGACGGGUCGCCAACACAUGGUUUGCUGUGGGAAACACCACGACACCGCUGUACUCGGUGCAUUUUGCGUGUAAUUCUAUUGCUAUGCCUAACGAGAGUUAUCCUCACAAGCUUCUACGCUGUACCCGACUCACGAUUACAGUUUUUCCGGAAUACGCGUUUACUACGUGCCUGCCCCACCACAAGGUCAUAGUUUUCAGCUUAAAAGCGAGUACGCAAAGAAACCAUGCAGGUAGGAAUAAAUUGACAUAAAACUCAUUUGUUCUCCUUGGGAUCGCUUUCUUUGUGAAGGUUUGUGGUUUUGUACUCAUUUUCCCCUUGCCAUUUUAAUUAUUUUAAAUGCCAAGCAUUUCUUUGGCAGGCCUGAGCCAAGGUUAAACGCGAGGCCGUCCAAGGUUACAGAGUUUGUCGCUGAUGCGCGCGUACCCCCAUGCACCCGCUCGCUGGCCGCUAUUGGC